UGCCCUGGGUCCGCGCCAAACUAUUAUAGAGAAGACAAUCAUCGGGAUGAAAAGAUGGUGCCGCCAGCGAUCUCAUACGUACACGCUUGAUUAGUCUGCUUAACCGUCUCCGCCUUACGCUCGAAAACAUGCUCGCCGCUAGUUCUUUUACAAACCCUUGGCUACUUAAUACUGCUUCUAAAUCCUUAUGGUGUCCAUCUUCGUUGGUUGUCAAUUCCUUUCCACUGCCCCUGGCGAGCAAAAGCUGCUUCUCGCAGUCCCCUGUUGGUCGAUUCGGGGUCAAAUGCACUGCAACAAAGCCCCCCAAAUCUCCUGCUGAGGAAGAUUGGAAAGUCAAGCGAGAGGUUUUACUGCAAAAGAGGGUAAGAAGUGUUGAAGUGAAGGAAGCUUUACGACUCCAAAUGGAAAACAAUUUUUUGAUUCUAGACGUACGCCCUGAGGCAGAGUUCAAAGAG